AUGAUUUCAGAGAGUGCAUCAACUGCAUUAGGUACGGUUGCAACUGUUUGUUGGUGUGUACAAUUGAUUCCUCAAAUCUAUUAUAAUUGGAAAAGGAAAGAUUGUACUGGUCUUCCGCCUAUUAUGAUGUUUCUUUGGGUUGUAUCAGGGGUACCAUUUGGUAUCUAUUUCUGUAUUAGUAGAGCUACAUUGAUUCUACAAAUUCAACCUCAUCUAUUUAUGUUUUUUUGUUGCAUAAGUUUUAUUCAAACUUGUUACUAUCCUCCAGCAAAACUACCCAAAUGGAAAAUUGCGUUAAUUAUCGCCUGCCUUGUCAUAUUUACAGUCUCUACAGAGAUAUCCUGUGUUUUAGCACUAAGACCAUUAUAUGAUAAAGGAAUUAAAUGGCCAGAUUUAAUUUUUGGUAUAAUUGCAACAAUUCUUUUAGCAGUUGGUUUACUGCCCCCCUAUUUUGAACUGGCUAAGAGAAAAGGUGAAGUGGUAGGUAUCAAUUUUUUAUUUUUAUUUGUAGAUUCAUUAGGAGCAUGGCUCUCAAUGAUAAGUGUUAUUGUUGGAAAUAUGGAUAUCAUGGGCAUUAUUCUUUAUUGUAUUGUUGCAGCUUUUGAACUAGGCAUAUUUACUUCACACUUUAUUUGGUGUUGUAGGUUUAAGUGGUUUUCAAAAGAAAAAAAUAGUGAUACUGAGAAUAAUCAAUUGGAUCUUCAGAAAGAGGAAACAAUUAAUUGGGAAAAUGAGGAGAAUGCAGACGACGUUGAAAAAAUAACAGAAUUAAUAGAUUUUACAAAGGAAACAGAAACUAUUUGUGACGAAGAUACUAUUCUUGAAAAUCAAAUCUAUAGUGACAAAAACGAUUCAGCAGUGGUUUCCUAUCAAAAAGCAGAAACAAUGAAAAGUUUAGAAAUAAAAAAUAAAAGAGAAAUUAAGUAA